GCCAGCACCUGCAGAACCGCGCCAGGAGCCGUACUAACCCGAGAAGGAGAUGGAAGCAGAGAUCCCGAAGAGGGAAAGGGCGCCAGCUGGAGAGACGGCUGAAGAAAAGAGGGCGAGAAGAACCAGACGGAUAAAUGAGAUAUGGCAGGAGAGGCAGAGGUUGGAGGCAGCGGGGGAGCUUCCGGAGCAGCAACUGGAGAGGCAGAGAUCGGAGGCAGCAGGAGCACUCCCAGGUCAGCCACCCAGCGCGCCAGCAAGGGCCCCGGAGAUCCCCGAGAUGUGGAGAGACUUCUGGGAGCAGAGAGGAGAGGAGCUUCCUUCGCCAGUCAGAGCCGGGCUUGGGGUGGCCAGGAAGGCGGAAGAGAGGAUAGAUCGCAAAAUCAAGUUCCUGGCCAAAACGACCUUUGACCGACACUUGUUAUUGGAUAGCGAUCUGGCAGGGAAAAAAUUAAAGGAAGCAAGUCAUGGAGUACGCCUGGAGGCUAUGGAGAUGGAAAUCCAGGAACUCAGGGCAUUGGUGGCCAGUCAGGCAACUAUCAUUGAGACCCUAAGGCAGCAAACCCAAGAAAAAGUGGAUAAGUCAAAGAGCAGCAGACAGGGAGAGCAGAGGCAGCCGGGACAAGUUUUGCCAGGACAGCCAUCUGCGGCAGGGCCUCGCCAAGAGCCACCUAUGGGGAGAGUUAUCCUGGAGCCAGAGGAGGCGAGAGCCCAGAGACAGGCAGAGAAAGAGGCGUUCGAGUUUAGAGCCCCUACUGAGCUUGCGACGCUGCCAGUGGCAGCGGCAGGCCCAGUCGUACCUUUGGCGAUUGAGGAGGGGCUACCGCCAUCUAGCAGUGAGCCGGCUCAGGGGUCAGCAGAGGGAUCCAUGAGCGUACUCCUUAAGGCAGUGCAUACCAUGCAGGAAGAGGCGAGUUUGUUUUCACCCGAGCAGAGGAUAGAGGAGCCGCUUGAGAGAGAGAUGGGGAUUAAGGCGGAGGGUGCCAUCGAGAGCAGGCUCCAGAGGAUGGGCACACCUGAGUAUGGACUAGAGGAGAUUGAGGAGCAGCCCACGACAGUGCUAGGAGAGACACUCGAGAGGAGACCUCAGAGGUUGGACACGGCUAAGUACGUCCCAACGACAGAGGAUUUGAAGAGCAGACUGGGAUCUUGGGCUACUGGAUCGGGGUCUGGGGGACCGGUUCCUGGGACAGAGCAGCAGAAGGUCGUUAGUACCGCAGCCCUUUGAUCAGAGCAGCAGGAGGUUGUCAGUACCUUGGUAGGAUCUCCUUCAUCGCCAUCUCCUCAGCCCAGGAAGA